AGCCUGUUCAGGUGGGGCGCCAUCUCUGCACUGGCUCCCCUCGGCACCCCACCCCCGCCGCCUAGAAAGCGGGGGAAAAACCAGGCCGAGCCAUUCCAGACCCUUUUCCCCACAAUCCGGAGAGGUCGGACGGUGAUGACCUCCAAGCCUGCUGGAACCCCGGAUGGGGGCUGGGGCUGGGUGGUGGCAGCCUCAGCCUUCGUGGUGAAUGGACUCUCUUACGGGCUGUUACGUUCCCUGGGCCUUGCCCUGUCUGAUAUCUCCGAGCACUUUGACCGAACCUCUCAGGACACAGCGUGGGUCAGCGCGUUGGCCCUAGCGGUGCAGCAGGCAGCCAGCCCAGUGGGCAGUGCCCUGAGCACCCGCUGGGGGGCGCGCCCUGUGGUGAUGAUUGGGGGCAUCCUCACCUCACUUGGUUUCGUCUUCUCGGCUUUCGCCGGCAGUCUGCUGCACCUCUACCUUUGCCUGGGCGUCCUUGCUGGCUCCGGCUGGGCCCUGGUGUUCGCCCCUGCCCUCGGAACCCUCUCUCGUUACUUCUCCCGCCGUCGAGUCUUGGCGGUGGGGCUGGCACUCACGGGCAACGGAGCCUCCUCGCUGCUCCUGGCGCCUGCCUUGCAGCUUCUCCUGAAUACUUUUGGCUGGCGGGGGGCCCUGCUCCUCCUUGGCGCCAUUACCCUCCACCUCACCCCCUGUGGUGCCCUGCUGCGACCCCUGGAGCUCCCUGGUGACCCACUGGCCCCACCCCGGGGACCCCUAGCUGCCUUUGGCCUGGGUCUUUUCACACGCCGGGCCUUCUUAGUCUUUGCUCUAGGAACUGCCCUGGUGGGGGGCGGGUACUUCGUCCCCUACGUGCACUUGGCCCCUCACGCUUUAGACCGGGGCCUGGGAGGGUAUAGGGCUGCACUGGUAGUGGCGGUGGCUGCGGUGGCGGAUGCGGGAGCUCGGCUGGUCUGUGGAUGGUUGGCUGACCAGGGCUGGGUGCCCCUCCCGCGGCUGCUGGCAGUGUUUGGGGCUCUGACAGGGCUGGGGCUGCUAGCCGUGGGGCUUGUGCCGGUGGUAGGAAACGAGGAGGGCUGGGGGGUCUCCCUGUUAGCCACGGCUGGGGUCUAUGGGCUGGGCGCCGGUAGUUACGCCCCGCUUGUUUUUGGAGUGCUCCCUGGUCUAGUGGGCAUCGGAGGUGUUGUGCAGGCCACGGGUCUGGUGAUGAUGCUGAUGAGUCUCGGUGGGCUUCUGGGCCCUCCCCUGUCAGGCUUCCUAAGGGAUGAGACAGGAGACUUCACCGCCUCCUUCCUCGUGUGUGGCACUUUGGUCCUCUCAGGAAGCUUCAUCUACAUGGGGCUGCCGGGGGCCCUGCCCUCCUGCAGUCCAGCUGCAGGUCCAGCCACCCCUCCCCCUGAGAGGGGGGAGUUGCUCCCGGUUCCUCAGGCUGCCCUGCUGUCCCCAGGGGGCCCUCACUCCACUUUGGACACCACUUGUUGACCAUUUUAUUUUGGUUUGAGCCCUUCCUUCAAUAAAAAAAAUUUCCAGUUUUCCUGCAAGCUCCAUUUGUUAGCCAAUCUAGGACACUGAAAACUAUCUACUUAAGAUAUUCAAAAGGCUGCUUGGAAGGAACAGGAUCCCACUAAACCCUGGCGAGGGGAAGGAUAUCUGUCUGUCCA